AAAACGACGUGAUGAAAAUUAUAAAUAGGAAAGUUUUCAAAAUUCAUCUACCAGUCCAUCAUGGGUCUUACGAGUGCUAAAAUAUUCUUGUGCGCAGCGUUUGCCUUGGCAUUAUGUCAGAAUGUUCUAAGCUUUAAUAAUCCUCCGGACUUUUAUUUUAAAAAGAAUGACAGUGUCGGCUAUGACAUUGUUACAGUCAUAAAAGAAACAGAACAUGAGGCGACAGAUGUUGUUGGGCGGACCUAUGCGAUGGAGCAGCAAUUUCCAUUCAUGGCGGUGGUGCAUAAACUUUUGGGCGCUGGAAAAUUCACCCAAUGCAGCGGUUCGAUCAUCUCCAACAGAUGGGUUCUCACAGCCGGACAUUGUUUGGAUAUCCAUCCAAAGGAAUAUCUCGUGGUGUUCGGUAUCACCAAUAAAACCGGCAUAAAGUACAACUUCUACAGCGGCCCGGGCGUGGCGAUGAUCACGAAGGAAGCGUUUCGACACCCACAGAUCAAUGACAUCGACUGCGACAUCGGCUUGCUCUAUAUGCCGCAAGACAUCCCGUACAGCAAAACCAUUCAGCCGAUAACACUCGCCGACGGCUCUUAUGAGAAGGUAAACAUCAACGGUAAACUCGCGGCAGUGGUGGGCUGGGAACGCGAUUCGUUGACCACCCAAAGUUCAAAGCGUCUCAAGUACAUCUUAUCAGCGAUUAUCUCGAAUGCCGAGUGUGAAAAAUAUUGGGUGAUCAAGAACGUGCACAUUUGCACAUUAGCGAUAGAACACGACGAGGCUUGUCAGGGAGAUAGUGGCGGCCCGCUUUUCAUAGUUGAUAAUAACAAGUUCAUACAAGUCGGCCUUAUCAGUUAUGGAGGACUUUGUCGUGGCACUAUCACACCUAGCGUGUACUUAAGAAUAUCCACAUUUGAAUCAUGGUUGAGAGCACAAGAAACCAAGAUGCAAAAAAUCAUUACUUUUCUCUAUGGCACUCCACGAUGAAAUCGAAAAAUCAGUAAAUUUUUAUUAAAUCAGACUGUAAAAAGUGUAUUCAA